AUGCAACUUCCACGCCGUGUGCCCUGGACGUCUCUUUUCGAGCUAGAGCAAGUCUGCGAAUGGAUCUACUCACCGUCAAGUACAGCACAAGACCGUCAACGAGCGCAACACCGCCUCUCAGCAUGGGCAACAGCCAGCAUCCUCCCAUCCUCCCUCUCCAGCACACUCGCACUCCUCACCGCUCUCUCCCUAGACACCCCCACCACCACCCUCCCCACUCUCGCCCUCAGGCAAACAUACACCCUCUCCCUGAUACGCCUUGUCAACUCCCUCGUAGACCCGCUACAGGGGGGGAUGUACGCCCGCCCCAUUGCGCAUAUUGCCAGGCAGCUUGGGAUCCCUGCGUGGUGGGUCGAGCUGCGCCAUGCAGGGACGCAUGAGGAUCUCCCGGGCUUAGGAGUACUCCGGGAAGCUGCGAAGGAGGCCCUGGACUGGCUCUACACACACUACUUCCUCCCGACGCUACACGCAUCCACCCCCCUUCCCCCAACGUACAGCUCCCCUCUCCCCCUGCUAAAACAAUACAAGUCCCUCUCCAAGUCCCUAGCCAAAGACGCCUCCCUCUUCCACCUGAGGGGGGAGAUGGACGCUCUCCUCCGCGCAUGGGAACGGUGGGUUGGGGAAGUCAGGGUUGCUCUAGCUGGAUGGUGGGGAGAGGGGCAGGGAGACGAGGGGGAGGGGGAGGGAGAUCGGGCAUGUAUGGAUGUUCUCGCGGAUUCCCUCUUAGCGAAAGGCGGCUUAGUGCCCAUCUCGCGCAAGAAACGGCCAACACUACGAAACCCCACCCUCCUGCCCUCGCUCGCCAUCUGGCUCCCCCUACUCAAAUCCCUACAAACCCACCACCCGCAGUUCGCUCCUUCCCUCUAUAGCGCCCUCCUUGCCCGGAUCUCCAGCUCCGAGGACGUAUCAGAAGGCACGACAUGCCUCGUCUGGGCCAAAUGGUGUGUUUCAGCCUGGCCCGGAGCGGUAGGGAAGGAGACAGCCCUGCUGGAAGCAUGUCUCUUACUGGGGGAAACCGGGGGGAACGAGCUGCUCAGAACGCUCGUCCGACUCUUAGGGGAGGGAGAGGAGAAAGUGGAAAGGCUGUUGCAGGUCGUGGCUGGUCAGAGGGUCUCCGCAUGGGAGGAAGGGGAUGUUCGGAUAAUGGAAGACCGGCUGGAGAGGCUGCAAGCUGCUGUCGAGCCUUCCCCGGUUGUCGAGACGCAAGAGAAGGGGGAUGCGGGUGGGGAUGUGCCCCCCUUGGUGGAGGAGGUAAGGGGUUGGAGGCUGCUUGAAGCUCAGGAGUGGAGUGCGAGACCUAUUGGCUGGGUUGCGUGA